GAAAGAAGUGUCCCCGAGAGCUGCCUGCACAGGGAGUGACCUAUGUCUGGAUUCUCUCUGUUUCCCAUCAUGUGAGAGGAUGGUGAGUGAGGAUGAGCAGGAGAAACCCCAUCAGGAAGAUGCUGAGCAAGUAGAACCACAUGGAACAUUAUCAGAAAGAUCCAAAGGGAAUGUUUCCGGGAGUUGUGCGCUUCCAGAAAAAGCAAAAGCCUGUGAGACUCAGGAGUGGCUAGAGGAAAACUUCAGUACCCUCUCAGACCUUAUCACAAGUGAGAGAAUCAACUUGGAAGAGACGCGCUACAGAUGCCACGAGUGCGGGAACAGCUUCAGUUGGAGCUCAGACCUUAUCGCACAUCAGACAAUCCACACAGGGGAAGUGCCCUACACAUGCUCCCAGUGUGGGAAAAGCUUCAAUCAAAGCUCAAACCUUAUCAGACAUCGGAGAAUCCACACAGGAGAGACGCCCUACACAUGCUCUGAGUGCGGGAAAAGCUUCAGUCGGAGCUCAAACCUUAUCACACAUCAGAGAAUCCACACUGGAGAGAAGCCCUACACGUGCUCUGUGUGUGGUAAAAACUUCAAUGACCGCACAAACCUUAUCACGCAUCAGAGAAUCCACACUGCAGAGAAGCCCUACACGUGCUCUGAGUGUGGUAAAAGCUUCAAUCAGCGUUCACGCCUUAUCACACAUCAGAAAAUCCACACAGGAGAGAUGCCUUACACAUGCUCUGAGUGCGGGAAAAGCUUCAGUCGGAGCUCAAACUUUAUCACACAUCAGAGAAUCCACAUAGGAGAGAAGCCCUACAUGUGCUCUGUGUGUGGGAAAAGUUUCAGUCGGAGCUCAGACUUUAUUACACAUGAGAGAAUUCACGCAGGUGAGACACUCUACACAUGCUCAGAGUGUGGGAAAAACUUCAGUCGGCACUCAAACCUUAUCAGACAUCAGAGAAUCCACACAGGUGAGACACUCUACACAUGCUCUGAGUGUGAGAAAAACUUCAUUCAGCGCUCACACUUUAUCAUACAUUGGAGAAUCCAUACUGGAGAGAGGCCUUACACAUGCUCUGAGUGCGGGAAAAGCUUCAGUCAGAGCUCAGACCUAAUCAAACAUCACAGAAUCCACACAGGAGAGAAGCCCUACACAUGCUCCAAGUGUGGUAAAAACUUCAAUCAGCACUCAAUCCUUAUCACACAUCAGAGAAUCCACACAGGAGAGAGGCCUUACGCAUGCUCUGAGUGCGGGAAAAGCUUCAGUCAGAGCUCGGACCUAAUCAAACAUCGCAGAAUCCACACCGGAGAGAAGCCCUACACAUGCCCCAAGUGUGGUAAAAACUUCAAUCAGCGCUCACACCUUAUCACACAUUGGAGAAUCCACACUGGAGAGAAGCCCUACAUAUGCUCUGAGUGUGGUAAAAACUUCAAUCUUCGCACAAACCUUAUCACACAUCAGAGAAUCCACACCGGAGAUAAGCCCUACACAUGCUCUGAGUGUGGGAAAAGCUUCAGUGAUAGCUCAGGCCUUAGUAGACAUCAGAAAAUCCACAUCAGAGAGAAUUAUAAUAAAUCCCUUGAGUAGGGCUGGCCAAAGAUUUUUUUUUUUUUUAAUCACAUUUGACAAUUUCACAAAGUGAUUUUUGCAUCAUCUUCACCGUGGCACCUCAGCUCCACCAGAUCAGUUGUCUGCUUCUGCCUUUUGCAGUUCACUCUUCUUUGGGGUCAGUCCUGUGAUCUUGUCUAUCAACUCCUUUCCGUUUGAGUCAUAGAUCUGUGUGUCCCUCCUGCCAGGAAUGUUCAUCACCUCCAGGUGGGAGAGAGGUUUGAUCCCAACAGGCUUCACUGAGGCAAAAACUACCUCUGCCUUACAUCCACUAGGACUGUACAUGACGUUGGCUACUCAAGUUAGUGAUCUUGGUGUAAAAAGACAAUUAUAGUUGUAGAGCAGAUGCAGCCCAGGUGCAGUGGUUGGCAUUAGCUUUCCCGUUGACCUGACCUAAACUCCAUCACUUUUCCUAGUUUAAACAAACCCUGAGCAUCACCGUUAUAUGGUUCCCCCAUUGCAAAGCAAUUGUUAGUCAUCAAGUUCCCUCUUGGGGAAGAAAUUGUUUCAUUCCCAGUUGCUCUGAUGUUGCUUCAAGUUGUGUUGGAAAGCAGAUAUUUUGACUACCAUUUUCCUCAUUUAAAAUAUAUUGAACUAUAAGAAAGAGCAGGAACAGGGCAGGGAUAGGGAAAAAUGUCAUUGCACCUGCAGUAACAGCAGAAGUGUUUAGGGUAAGUUAGAGGGAUUCCCUUAUUCCCCAUCAUCAUCCCAAUCCCCCCUGUUGUUCAGUUGGUUAGGUCAAUAUUUUUUCUAAAGGUCUGGGAAGAGGAUUCCCUAGUAGAUGACUGGUAACGAAGCAAAAUACCCAUGCAUUGGUCUCCCACAGCAGUUGUGGCCCAGGCCCUGCAAGAGGUCACUCCUGAAGAUAUCUCCUUCCUAAUCAGGUGCAUGUUGCCUAUUGUUUGGGAAAUACAAUCCCUUUCUAGGUAGA